UAAUCGCUGUUCUUACGGUAUACGCAACUUUUGCACCUGAUAGAGCAGUCGCUUAUGAUGCAGCCGCUAUCGAAACUGUCACCAAUGAUACAGCAAUUGCUAAUGCCGCUACUGUCUAUGAAAGUCCUAGCAUAAUUGUUCAAAUUUUAGUGAUUUUGGGACUUCUUUUCAUGGAGUGCACUGCAAUUGGUUAUAUUGAGAAAUUUAGAGGUGAUUUUGCUGGUGCAGCUGUAAUUGCUUGGACUUUAUAUGGUAUUUGGUAUGAGCAACAAGAUUCUGUUAUACGAUG